UGUUCCCUCAAUUGAUAGAUCCAACAGGAUUUCCAUGCAAAAGUGUCUUGUUGGCACAAAAUUUACCAAAUUGUCCGAGUAAUCGUUUUACUCUUGAAUUCCUGUAUCAUAAGGCCUACUCAUCCUCCGUUACAAAAUAGACGCAUUACCCCAAGGUCUCGCUGGAAUUCCACACCACCUCGAACCGCGAUUCCCAGAUGGUUAUGCAACGAUUGCCGUUUCCAUCCACCCCAUUGCCUGAAUUCUGAGUGUUACAUUUCGUGGUUCUUGUUGCACAACCCGAGUCAAAAUUGCAGCUUUGUGCCAAUCAAACGGAUUUCAGACAAUUGGUGGAAAGCACAGCAUCAGCAUAAAAUUGUAAUACGGUCGGCUUAGAGAGCUUGAAACAUUAGCAGCCCAUAUCUUGUUUGGCGACUGCAUCAUCUGCCAAUAGAAUCGUGAAGGAUAUCUGAGUAAGGUAAUCCAGGCGGGCGAGCAGUGGCUUGCGGUUUUGUCCAAGUGGCUCCGAAAUCGAAUUCAUACGGUGGAUGCACAGUCUGGGAGCAUCAUACAAGACUGAUACGACCUUGUGAAGCUUCAGUUCGGUUCCAAGCGUCAAAUAUGUCCAUCUCAAGUGCCAGAACAUCUUUGUCUUCCCAGGAAUUAACCGGCGAAGGUAUAUCUGUGGAUGCGAAGUGGUUUAUGGUAUAGUUUGCUAACAAUCAUGGUUAGCAAAAUUGGCGGAUGUCACCAAAAUCGUAGAAAGUCUCAAGGUGGAUUUGGAGAAGAUUAGCCUUUUGCCGCAUCGUAAGUCUAUAUUAGUCUUCAGAAAUUAAAAUAUACUCAUUCCUCUAUGCAGAACGAGAUGCACUCCUUGAGCAAUUGAAGGUGUAUGGCCGUGACCCCACCAAUGCAGACCCAAUAUUCACAAAAGAGGUAGGUGACACAUGUUUUUGCGCAAGGGAUAUCUAACUCUCGCGAUAGGGCAUCGAGACUCUUUCAAGGCACGCCUUCAAUAGCCCCUCAAAAAUCACUUCUCGAAAUGCGCUCCGAUGUCUCGCAAACGCUCUGCUCUUAAAGCCAGACACACGACAAACAUUGGUUACCUUAGGUUAUGAUGCAAAGGCUUGCACUCUACUCAAAGAUAGGAAUGGGUCUGUUGACGAUGAGUUUUUAUUAUCUAGGAUUAUCUUCCUCACAACCUACGGUACAACUAUCAAUAUUGAGAAUCUCAUCGAUCAUUGUCAUUUAGCGGACGCUAUUUCACAUAAUAUUGCCAACCAUGCGAGACUGCACAAUGCGAAGCAGAAAAAAGUCAAGCAAUUAGAUCCAAUGGAGGAUAUGGCUCUUGCUGAAUCGCUCAAACUUCUCUUCAAUAUCACACAUUUCUGUCCACAACGAAACUCCAGCUUCUCACAAGCACUACCUUACAUCUUAUCAAUUCUUGAUAAAAGAGAAAUAAUUCCAAAUACGCCCCUUGAAUCCCCCGUUUCGCAACUUAUCAACACCCUUAUCAACCUCCCUCUUGAAGAUCCGGGAAAUAUUAGCGUGUUGUUCCCUAGAGUAAAUCUACUCUCCCAUGUCGAAAAAUUUCUUGAACUCCUAGAUCAUUCCAUCAAUAAAUAUGAGGACGAGGAACUCGAGCAACUUGUCUCACCACUACUUACCCUCAUUCGUAGAUUGUACGAGAUCGGUCCUUCGGAAGUUCGUCAGUUCAUGCAAACCCGGUUGCUUCCAAGUGAGAAGGAUCGCGAGCAACCUAUAGGCCGAGGAGAAUCAUUGUCUGCUCGCUUGAUUCAAUUAUCUACAAGUCCCAUGGCGCCGCAAGUUAAAGAAUCUAUUUCAGCAUUGCUAUUUGAGCUGUCUAAUAAAGACGCCAGCACGUUUGUUCAAAAUCUUGGCUAUGGGUUUGCCUCUGGUUUCCUAUUCCAGCACAAUGUGCCCAUCCCAGAAAAUGCUCUCGAAGCAUGGAGUACAGAAAAUGAUAAGGAUGAUGGCAAAACAAGAUCCAGCCACGAUAGUGGAAAAGCAGUCAAUCCUAUCACUGGACAACUUCUCGAAGCUGAAGAGAAGAUUGAUGUGCCAGAGAUGAGUCAGGAGGAGAAAGAGAGGGAGGCUGAAAGAUUAUUUGUAUUGUUUGAACGGUAUUCUAGAGCUCUUCUAAAUAUAAAAUCAUUAAGCUGACGUAUUAAUAGAUUGAAGAAGAAUGGGAUCAUCACUGCGAAGAAUCCUAUGGAGGAAGCAUUACAACAAGGACGGUUUGAAGAAUUGGACGAUGAUGCAGAAUCGGAUUGAGGAAGGAUAGUGCGAUUUGAGAGAUGAAACGAAAAAGUUGCUGGCAACUUCCACUUCAAGUAUAUCCCAAUGAUUUUGAUGAAUGGUAUUAAUAAAUGUUAAUAAGGUUGAUUUUCUUCAGCCCUUUUGAUGAGGAGAUGGAUGCAAAUUUUGUUUGAAUAUGCAAUUGUGCUGCAGCAUGUCACAGAUAUUAUGCAACU